UCCAGGCUCAUUCCAUCUCUCCAUCUCCUCUGUCUCCUCGCCUGCAUUCCCCCAUUAUUAUUAUUAUUCUUCUUCUUCUUCUUCUUCCUCCUCCCAGUUGAUUCUAUUAUUAUUCUUUUACUAGUAGUAGUUCUAGUAUUCUAUUCCACCAUUACUCCCUUCCCCCGAAUCUCCUCCUCCUCGUCAAGGUCAAGGCAACGCGGCCUCCACGCGGAGAGAAAUGCCCAGGGCCGGCGGGUAGGGUAGUAAAGCUUCUCCCUCGUCAGGCAGAUCAGAUUCCGUCAUUCCGAGCAACCCAGCGAGCUCAAGAAUCACCACCGUACUACCUCUACUACCAGUCUACCAGCAGAGGAGGAUUGGAACAGAGGAUCCAUCCUCCAUGGGUAGCUACAAGUACAAGUACUGCAUGUGCUUCACGCGCAAGUUCCGAUCCCCGGACGCCCAGCCGCCGCCCGACGUCCGCGCCGCCUACCUCUCCUUCGCCUCCGACGUCCACGCCCUCCGCCGCUUCCUCUCCCAGGCGCAGGCCGAGCACCCCGCCGACGUCGACCGCAUCCUCGCCCUGCUCACGGCUGCCUCGGUCGGACAUGGCAUCGCCCGCCUCGUCACCAGGUCGCCGGCGCCGGCCAUGCCCACGCUCGACGACUUCUUCGCCUUCCUCUUCUCGCCGGAACUCAACCCGCCCAUGGGCCCUCCUCACCAGGUUCACCAGGACAUGUCUGCCCCAUUCUCUCAUUAUUUCGUGUUCACCGGACAUAAUUCUUACCUGACUGGGAACCAGCUCAAUAGUGACUCCAGCGAUGUCCCAAUUAUAAAGGCAUUGCAGAGGGGUGUUAGAGUCAUUGAGCUCGAUAUGUGGCCAAAUUCUUCAAAGACCAAUGUCGAUAUUCUUCAUGGAGGGACGUUGACUGCACCGGUAGAAAUGGUCAGGUGUUUGAAGUCCAUUAAAGAAUAUGCCUUUUGUGCAUCACCAUAUCCGCUUGUCAUUACUCUUGAGGAUCACCUUACACCAGAUCUCCAAGCCAAAGUAGCUAAGAUGCUCACUGAAACAUUCGGAGAUCUACUUUUCAUACCUAGUUCAGACCCAAUGAAAGAGUUCCCCUCUCCAGCAGCUUUGAUGAAAAGAAUAAUCAUCUCUACUAAACCCCCACAAGAGUACAAGGAAUUCCUCAAAGUUAAGGAUAACCAAAAUGGCAGUGGAAAUAUAGCUGAUUUGCCAGACACAGGAAGCCUAAGAAGAAUAGAUUCAAAUGCUGAUAACCAAAAUGGCAGUGGAAAUCUAGCUGCAGACACAGGAAGCCUAAGAAGAAUAGAUUCAAAUGCUGAUGAAUCUGAUGGAAAGGAUGAACUGGAUGAACAAGAUGAGGAAGAUUCCGACGAGGAUGAUCCCAAAUUUCAGCAGGACACUGCCUGUGAGUAUAGGAAACUGAUCACCAUCCAAGCUGGCAAACCAAAAGGCCAUUUGCGGGAUGCGCUAAAGGUGGAUCCAGAAAAAGUCAGGCGGCUUUCUUUGAGCGAGACACAGUUAGCUAAAGCAACAACUUCUCAUGGUGCUGAAGUCAUAAGGUUCACCCAGAAUAAUAUACUUCGCGUGUAUCCAAAGGGCACGAGGGUUAAUUCUUCAAACUAUGAUCCAAUGAAUGCCUGGACUCAUGGUGCUCAGAUGGUUGCAUUCAACAUGCAGGGGCAUGAUAAAGCGCUCCGGCUGAUGCAAGGAUUUUUCAGAGCCAAUGGUGGCUGUGGGUAUGUUAAAAAACCUGACUUCUUGCUAACGACAGGUCCAAAGGGGGAAGUAUUCGACCCCAAAGGUAGUUUGCCAGUGAAGAAAACUCUCAAGGUGAAAGUAUAUAUGGGUGAUGGGUGGCGCAUGGAUUUCAGCAAGACUCAUUUCGAUGCGUUUUCGCCUCCAGAUUUCUAUACCAGGGUAGGGAUCGCCGGAGCAAAGGAAGACACUGUGAUGAAGAAGACAAAGGUGAUUGAAGACCAGUGGGUGCCGGUGUGGGAUGAGGAGUUCACAUUUCCUUUGAGGGUGCCAGAGCUGGCCCUCCUGAGGAUAGAGGUUCAGGAGUACGACAUGUCGGAGAAGCACGACUUUGGGGGGCAGACGUGCCUGCCGGUGUGGGAGCUGAAGAAGGGCAUCCGUGCUGUGCCCCUGCACGAUCGCAAGGGCAACAGGUACAAGUCCGUCAGGCUCCUCAUGCGCUUUGAUUUUGUCUAGGUAGAGGCAGCCCUGCAGAACAAACAUUCAGAUUUAGUCAGUCAGCCAUUCAGUCAGGCAGAAAUGUUCUCUUCUUCUCUUGCAUCUACUUGUGUGUUACAGGGAAAUCAAACUAGUAUGUAUGAGUUAGCAGUAGUGUGUGUGUAUGUUUGUAUAGACUAGAGUGCACCUAUUCCUGCCUGAAGCUCAUCUUCAAUUCUUGCGUACAUCAAUCAAUGUGUAUGUAUGUAUUGAUUUUGUCUGAAUAAAAGCUGUAUGAAAAGAAGGAGCAGAUCAACCGAGCAAGUGUGUUGGAUUUUGGUUUU